AUGGGGGUGACGGACGACUUAGCCCCGAGCUUCACCCAGAAGCCGCAGCUGCGCCAGGAGGAUGACGGGAACAAACUCAUCUUCGAGUGCCAGCUCUUCGGAUCACCCAAACCGGAGAUCAGCUGGUACCGUAGCGAUGAACUGCUGAAAGAAGAUAACAGGACCACGUUCAAGAUCCAAAGCCUUGCCAACAACAAGUUCCUUGUUGUGUUGGAACUGGACGACGUGAUCGAGACCGAUGCGGGACUCUACAAAGUUAAAGCUAAGAAUAAGAUGGGCGAGGUGGCCGCCUCCAUCAAUCUUAACUUUAGCCCCGCUGACGAAGAUAAACAGAAACAAGUGGACGGCAAAGCGCCGACGUUCGCGCGCAAGCCCGCCAUCCGGCAGGAGGACGACGGAAAGCGGUUGAUCUUCGAGUGCCGCAUCGAAGCGGAGCCCGUGCCGAGCGUCGUCUGGUUCCACAACACGGUGGAGGUCAAACCGGGUGCCAGGCACAAACUGACAGUAAGCAAGGAUGGAAAAUCGUACUACGCCUCGUUGGAGAUCAACAAUGUAACGGUGGAAGACGCUGGCAAGUACCGGGUGACGGCCAAGAACGAGCUCGGCGAGAGCAACGCAACAAUCAGCUUGAACUUCGACAGCGACGAAGCCCCCGUGCCUGAAGACUUUAUCAAACCGACAUUUACGGAGAGACCUGUCAUCAGGCAAUCGGAUGAUGGUACCAAAAUCACAUUCGAAUGUCGAUGCGUUGGCAAACCGAAACCAACCAUCACCUGGUACCAUGGCAAAAAGAUAAUUAAAGAAAGUAAUCGAUACAAAAUUACGCUUGAUGAGGAUCAAACAUUAUACUAUAUAGCGCGACUUGAAAUCAUAGGCGUAGAAAAUUCUGAUAAGGGAGAAUACAGGGCCGUAGCAAAAAACAAACACGGUGAAGGCGUAGCAAAAAUUAAUCUCAACUUCGAAGGUGGAGACAAACCGAAAAUUCCCGCUGGUAAAGCACCAAGAUUUCCAAAAAAGCCAACUAUUAGGCAAGAAGGUGACUUAUUGAUUAUGGAAUGUAUAUUAGAAGCACACCCGUUGCCAGAUAUUACAUGGUUCCAUGGGGAUAAAGAAAUUAGGGAUGGUGUCAAAAUGAAGAUGUCAAGAAAGGCUAUUGGAAAAGAUACCUUUAAUUUAACAUUAGAAAUAUUAAACCCAACUAGGGAAGAUGGUGGAAAUUAUAGGUGUAACGCCUUUAACGUGUUUGGUGAGAGCAAUGCAAAUAUUGCUCUCAAUUUCCAAGGUGGGGAUGAUGAGAACGGUUUCGCACCAUCAUUUGUGGAGAAACCUCGAAUCAUUCCCAAUGAAGACGGCACACUCAUAACAAUGCGGUGUGUUUGCAAAGCCAAGCCGGCGGCUGAAGUAACGUGGUACAGAGGCACAACCGUCAUUAAGGCUAGCAGCAAAAUUCAGAUUAAAUCGUCCGUUAUAAGUGAAGACGUUUAUGAAUUAGUAUUGCUCUUAUCCAACCCUACGGCAUCGGAUGGUGGCGCUUACCGCUGUCACGUAAGAAAUGAAUUUGGAGAGAGUAAUGCUAAUCUGAAUUUGAACAUCGAGGCUGAACCAGAACCUGAAGGGGAAGGGCCUACAUUUGUUGAAAAGCCAACGAUUCAGUCCAAAGAUAAUGGUAAAUUAGUUAUUAUGGGCUGCAAAGUAAAAGCUAGCCCCAGACCAACGAUUGUGUGGUAUCACGAGGGUAAAGAAAUCAGGGACUCGUCGAAAAUCAAAACCAGGGUUGAAGUAAGAGAAGAUAUUUAUACUAUCAUUUUGGAACUUAUUGACCCUGGAAUUGAUGACUCCGGACUAUAUAAAUGUAACAUCAAAAAUGAACUUGGAGAGCUCAAUGCUAAUUUAACGCUCAAUAUUGAAAUUAUCAAAGAAAAACCAAAGGUCAUUAAAAUAGUUAAAAAGAAGACUGUCAUUGUCGAAUGUAAAGUAUUAAGUAAAUUUGCUCCAUCAUGUACAUGGUAUAAGGAAUCAAGUGCAGUGAAAGAGGAUUCCAGGCAUACAGUGCUCAUUGAACCUCUCAGAGAAGGUGAAUUUACAGUCAAAUUAGAAAUUUCCAAUAUUUCUCAACAAGAUAAAGGAUCAUACAAGCUUAUCGCAAAGAAUGAGAAAGGUGAAGCAUCAUCACAGGUGGUGGAAAUAACUGAUAUUCCUGAGGAGAAGGGUGAAAAACCUCAUAUUAUAAAACAUCUUAGAAGUAUAGCAAGAAAAGAAAAUGAAGAAGCAGAAUUCAUAGCAGUCCUUAAGACAUCUGACCAAUCAUGCAGAUGUACGUGGUACAAAAAUUCAACAGUAAUCAGAGAUUCUUCCGAAGUAAACACCUCUUUCGAUGGUACCAGUGCUCGCCUAAUCAUCAGAAAAGUAUCUAUGAAAUAUGUCGCAAAUUACAGAGUGGUAAUAAGAAACGAAUUCGGUGAAGACGAAUCCAGUGCAGAUUUAACGCUUGUUGAAGAAAAGAAAAAGAAAAAGGAGGAAGAAGAAGAAGAAACAACAGUUAUAGAAGAAUCGGAGGAGGAAAUGUCAAUUGUUGAAGAAAAGUCGGUAAUCGAAGAAAAUCACGUUGAUGCACGAAAAGAGGAGAGAAUGGAAAUAAACGAAGCAGAGAGUAAGGUGGUCGAAGAAAAGAAAGCGGCUGCUAAGAAGGUUUUGAAGAAGAAGGAAGAAAUUAAGACGGAAGAAAGUAAAGAGGAAAUUAAGAUUGAAGCUAAGAAAGCUGAAGCUCAGGUAGAGGCAAAGAAAGUAGAAGCCAAAAAAGUUGAAAUGGAAGUUGAAGAGGCCAAAAAAAUGUUAGAAAAGAAAACUUCAAAAACUGAAGAAGAAAAGAAAGCACUUCUAGAAAAAAUUGAAAAGAAAAAGGCAGAAGUAGAACCUGAGGCCAAAAUUGAAGGUAUCCCAAAACUCAAGCCUGUAAAACCAAAAGAAGAACCAAAGCCCCUUGAAGAAAAGAAAGAAACCACUAAAAAGACUGAUGAGAAAAAGAAAGUAGUUAAGAAAAAGAAAAUUGUUUCUAAAAAGGAGGCAGAUGAUGAAUUCGACUUCGUUGACGAUUACGAGCGUCCUGUAUUGGAGAAAUACGAAAAAAUUACACCAACGCCAUUAUUCAAAAAAUCUAAAAAGGAUGACACACCUAAGGGUAAACGACCUUCAAUGUCUGAAAAUGUUGAAAGUGAAGAAACAGAAAGCGAGGAAGAACCGUCCAUCGCUGCACCUGCUUCGGAUAAAAAACCAAAACCUGGAAAAACUGAGGAAAAGGUUGAAGAAGAAACACGACGACCUAGUCUUAAGAAAGGUAUUCCUAAACCAGAGGAAUCCGUAGAUGAAUUGUCGAAAGUCAAAUUAUCGAAAGCUCCUAGUAAACCUGAUGAGCAAAAGCUUGAAGAGCCACAAGUAGCUAAAAUAAAACAACCAGUCAAAAAGCCCGAGGAAGAUAGGGAGUUUGUUGAUAACUAUGAACGACCUGAUCUCGAGAAAUACGACAAAAUUUCUCCAACAGCUACAGACAAGACUAAAAAACAGAAUGAAGUAGAUGAGGACGCUAUGAUUGUUGACGAUUAUGAAAAACCAGAACUGGAAAAAUACGAGAAGGUCAGUCCUACAUCCAAAACCAAACGUGGUUCCAAAGAAAUACAGGAUGAGACAGACGUAAUGAAAGGUAAAAUUAAACCGAAAGAGAAAGACGGGGAACCUGAAAUGCCAACACUGCGUAAACGUCCUGUCACUAAAGAUAAGGCUGAAGAGAAAAAGCCUGAAGAAAAGCCAAAGAAAAAGGUUAUCAAAAAAGACGAAUCUGCACCUAAAAAACGACCGUCACUCAAAGAAAAGGAGGUAACGGAAGAAGAAUUUAUCGAUGAUUAUGAGAGACCAGUUCUUGAAAAAUAUGAGAAAAUAUCUCCAACUCCUAUUGCUAAAAAGAAGAAGGACGAUAAAAAGCCAGAAGACGAAGUACCGUCAGUGGCAGCAACAGCUAGGCGACCAUCUGUUAAAGAUAAAAAAGAUACAUCGGAGCCUAUGGAUAUAGAUGAAGAAGUACAACUUUCUAAACCGAAAUCGCCUGCGAAACCGGGACCUGAAGAUGUGACAUUAACACACAAAACACCAGCAGAAAUUACACCCACGGCGGACGAGGCUGAGGCACAACUGAAGGUAAAAAAACCGGAAAUCGUAGAAGAAAAGACUGUUAAGAAACCCUCACCUAGAGACAGGGCAAAGAAGACUGAAAUGACACCUACAGACACUAAGUCUAAACUAUUAUCGCCGUCAGAUAUUUUAAGGAGAAUGACUGUUAUCGCUAAGGGCGAAGACACAGAGGAGUCUGUCAAUGUCGCCAAGCCUCGUACUAAGACAAGCACAACUGCUCCUGAAGAUGCAUCUCUCACGCACAAGACACCAGCUAAGAAAGAGCCAACGGAGGGAUCAGAAGCAGCAGAGCUCAAGGUCAAAAAGCCAGCUGUCGUCAAAAAUGGACGCAAAGACGAGGAGCCAUUGACAAUCCAGGGUGGCAAAUUCGAAAUACCACAACUUAAGAAAACUGUUAAGAAAACCACAGACAAAACUAAACAGGCACAACCUGGUACCAAGGAAACACACGAUGGGUAUGAACUCGAUUUUGUCGAUGACUACGAACGCCCGGUGCUUGAAAAAUAUGAAAAGAUCUCGCCUACUCCCAUCGUCAAGGAGAAGAAAGAAAAAGAACAAGCUACGACUGAAAGCCGUAGAACUUCGAUUCAGACCGAGAUGAGAGAAGAAGUUAAAACCGAAAGCCGCAGAAGUUCUAUUAUUGAAAACAAAGCCCUUAAGCUUACGAAAGAAACGUCUGAAAGCAGGAAAUCGUCGAUUUCUUCAGUCUCAGAACAACAGGAAGUCUCCUCUGUAAGGAAGGCUUCCUUGAAGACAUCCGUUAAGGAACCUGCAGUAAAUGAGUUAGAGCAAAUUAAACUGAAGGAUAAAACUACUGAAGAAGAAAACGAGACAGACGAUUAUUUCGAUAAGCCUUCCGAAAAACAAUACCCAUGGCGACCUACGAAAACACAUACAGAGGAGCACAAUGAUAAAACGACACCAAAACGGAGCGUUAGUUUAGACCAACCUAAAAAGACUUCACAUCCUUGGCGUCGUUCAAGCAAAGGAGAGGGCAGUGAAGACGGAUCGGAAACUGAAAGUACUGUUACAACACAAACAAACAAAACUAUACAUAAACAUAUUCCGCAAAAACCGGCACCAACACAACGACGCAAAUCCAAAGAUGAUGAGGAAAUGAAUAAGGACAGUGAGAAAGAUAAACCUGUGGAUAUGAAUGACAAAAAGCUUUCUGACACAAAGGUUGAUAAGAACGCUUAUCCAUGGCGGCGUCCUAGUGACGACAAUAAGGCUUCUGAAACGCCCAAAGAAAAAUUGAACAAUUUAGAAUCCGGCGAUAUAAUUCAGGUACUGGAUGAUAAUAAAAAUGUUGAGACUCCUGAAAAAUCUGGACAAAUAUCUUAUCCUUGGAGAAAGCAAUCCAAUACCGAGGUUCCAAUUUUAGUAACACCUGCAGUAGAUACAAAACAAAACGAAGUACAGUUUUCAUGGAACGUUAUACCCGAAAUUCCACAGGCUGAGCAAACACCUGAAUUGGAAGACCGAUUCAAAACAACACUACUUGAGACACGUGACACUGUACCCUGGAGAAGGGCUAAAUCUCCACAGGCUGAUACGACGGCAGAUAAAGAGCAGAAUAAGCCAGAAUCUCUGAAGCCUCAAACGUCUGACGAGAAAGUGGCAAUGAAAGAAGAAAAGGUCGAAGCUGAAAUGAAAAAGGCUAAAGCCACAACUGUUAAGAAGAAGGCAGAAGAACUGCCCGAAAUUCCCGAUUACGAAAGGCCAGAUUUGGAAAAAUAUGAAAAGAUUUCACCAACUCCUACUACUAGGGAAAAACCUGAAAAGGAUAAGCCGGCCGACAAACCAAAGGUAGCUGAAGUGAAAGCUCCUGAAGAGCCACAAGCACCUGCAGCCCCUAAAAUUAAGGAGCCAGAAGAAAAGCCAGCUGCGCCGAAAAUCGAAGUAAUACGCGACAAAUCUCCCAAACCCGAAGCCCCCAGGAAGCCUUCCUUGUCACCAGCACCUCCCGCGAGACGUGGCUCGCUCAUUCCUCCACCGGAGGAAAUGGGAAGAAGGCCUUCUCUCAUCAUCAGCGACGAGGAGAAUAGAAAACUAAGACCUGGUGAGGUGAUCGAAGAAAAGAAGCGACGGAAAUCCGGUGACUCGAGGAGGCCCUCGGUGCAGGACUUGGAAGGCCUCAUUAACAAACCGUCGAUUCCUCUGAAACCCAUCGGAAAUGAGGGUCCACCAGUCAUCGUUGAUGCACCAGAGAGCAACUCUGCUAUUGAAGAUCAAGUCGGCUACCUUACCGUGCAAGUGGAAGGCAACCCGGCGCCGACAUUCAAGUUCUACAAGGGCGUCACGGAAAUUAUUGAAGGUGGUCGUUUCAAAUACAUAACCGAUGGAGGAACAGGUCUCAUCACGCUGUGUAUGAGAAAAGUGAAGCCAAACGAUGAGGGCAAGUACAAGGUCGUCGUCAGCAACAUCCAUGGCGAGGACUCGGCGGAGAUGCAACUUUACGUGUCCGAUGCCAGUGGAAUGGACUUCCGAGCGAUGCUUAAAAAAAGGAAAUAUCAAAAGUGGGGUGAAAAGAACGAAGACCCCGAUUGGGGAGACCUUAAAGAAGUUGAAAAGCCAAUUCCUCCUCUAAAGAAGGUCGAAAAGAAACCCGAAUCUUUCCUGAAGCCUCUUGUAGAUCAAUCUGCGAAAGAGGGCAAAGAUAAGAAGGUAACAUUUGAGGCCAUCUUCACUAAGCCAAAUGCCAAGCCGAAAUGGUUCUUCCGAAAGGAUGAACUUUUCCCGGGCUCUAAAUACAAGAUGACGAAUGAACAGGAUUCUUACAAGUUAAUAAUUAUGAACCCUAAAGUAGAAGACACUGGCAAGAUCACAAUUGAAAUUGGUGGCGUUACUAGCACUGCCUUUUUGCAAGUCGACGAACCAGACCCUACAUACAGCUUCACGAAACACCUGAAGAAAUCCCUCACUGGAUACACAAAGCACGAAGUGAUAUUAGAAUGCGCUGUCUCCAACAGCCUCGCUAUCGUAUCUUGGUGGAAGGGUGACACGAAAUUGGAAGAUAGCGAGGAAUUCCAAACUUCAAAGGACUUGUCUGGCGUGUGUAGGCUGACAAUAAAGAAUGCUAAAUUAGAGGAUGCCGGUAAAUUCAUGUGUAAGAUUGAGAAGCAGCCAGAUAAGACGGAAUGUGAUGUAAAGAUUAUCGAAUACCCAUACAAAUUCACCAAGGUGCUCAAGUCUCAACAAGCUGUUGAAAAAGAUACCAUCACUCUGCUCUGUGAACUUGACGAUGCUACCGGCGAUGUCAAAUGGUUCAAGAACGAUCAGCCACUGAAGGCCGAUAAGCGCAUCUCUAUAGUGAAGGAGGGUCGUAAACGCAAAGUGGUAAUCAAAGACGCUAAAGUUACUGACGCUGGCAACUUCAAGUGCGUCAGUAAUGCUGAUGAAACUACUUGCGAAUUGAUCGUCAAAUAUUCGAAUCGCUUCAACAAGAAGUUGAAGGAUACCGAAGCAGUUGAGAGAGACAAGGUAGUGCUAGAGAUUGAACUACAGGAUCAAACCGCUGAGGCUGUAUGGUCAUUCAACGGUACGCCAAUUGUACCGAAUGACAGGAUCGAAAUAAAGAAUCUGGGUGGUGGCAAACACCAAUUGAUAUUUAACAAACUGGAGAUGGAAGACGAUGGCGAGAUCCUCUGCGAAUCCGGCAAACUCACCUCUUCGUGCAAACUCACGGUCAAGAAGGGAGAGUCUAAACCCUCGAUCGAAUGCCCUGAUGAGUUCAACGGGCCCGCCGGACAUCCGUUUGUCAUUGAAGUGCCUUACAAAAUUUCAGGCACCCGACAAACUCCGAUCGAGGCGAAAUUAUUCAAAGACGGCAAAGCUCUGCCCGCGAAAGAGGUCGAUGUUGUCGUUGAGCAAGAGAAAAUUCUUUACAAACUCAAGAAACCAACCAGGGAGGGAUCUGGUAAAUACCAGAUCAAAUUAUCUAACGCCCAGGGCGAAGACUCCAAGGACGUCACCAUUAUCAUGCAAAGCGCGCCUACUCCACCUCAGGAUGUAGAGGUUACAGAGGUGUUCCAGACCUCGUGUGUCGUGUCGUGGAAGGUUCCACAGGACGAUGGUGGAUCGCCUAUCGUUAAAUACGUCAUCGAGAGACAGGACUUGUCUCUUAAAGCCGGCUGGGACAACGUGGCAGAGGUGGCUCACGGUCAACCGACGAAAUUCAAGGUCGAGGACCUAGUCGCCAAGAAGACGUACAAGUUCAGGAUUCGGGCGGUCAACAAAAUCGGAUCCAGUGAGCCUGGUCUUUUCGCCAAACCAGUUCUGGCUAAGGAUCCGUGGGACGAACCGUCAAAGCCAAAGGGCGUAGAAUUGAAGGACUGGGACAAGGACCACGCCGAUCUCAAAUGGCAAAAGCCCGAUAACGACGGUGGCGCACCGAUCACGGGCUAUGUCAUUGAGUACAAGGAGAAAUUCGGCAAGGACUGGGUGACGGGCAAGGAGGUGCCUGGAGAUUGCCUGGAAGCUACACAGGACGGUCUUAAAGAGGGCUGCACUUACGAGUUCAGGGUUCGUGCCAUUAAUAAGGCAGGACCCGGUGAGCCAAGCGACAGCACGAAACCAAUAGUCGCCAAAUGCAGAUUCGUUAAGCCGUACAUUGUUGGCGAGGGUCUCACAAGUAUGAUAAUUAAAAAGGGCCAAGUCAUUUCCUAUGAUAUCAAGUAUGGCGGUGAACCAGAACCCGAAGUUAAAUGGAUGCACGGGGAAGAGAAACGUGGAAAGCCGUACAAGGAACAGGAAAUUCGGGAUGAUGGCGACCGUAUUACAAUCGAUAAAUACGAAAGGAACACUGUCUUGACUGUGAGGAGAACCACGAGGCCGGACAGUGGAAAAUAUAAACUGGUUCUCACCAACUCUUCAGGGACUUGCGAGAGUAUUGCGGAUGUGGUUGUUCUUGACAAACCUAACAGACCCAAUGGUCCAAUUGAAGUGGUUGAGGUGCGAGCAGAAAAGGCUACUGUUAAAUGGCAGAAGCCUGAUGAUUGGCAAGGGUCUGACAUUACUGGAUACACUCUUGAGAAAAUGGACUUGGACACUGGCAACUGGGUACCUUGUGGGGAAACUGGACCAGAGCCCACCGAAUUCACGGUCAAGGGCCUAACACCUAAUCACAAAUACAAGUUUAGAGUACGUGCAAUGAACAAGGAGGGUGAAUCCGAGCCAUUGGAAACCGACGGAUUCAUUGUGGCCAAGAAUCCAUAUGACCCACCGAAAGCGCCUGGCAAGCCAAACAUCGUCGACUACGACAACAUGUCGGCAACACUUCAAUGGGAGCCGCCAAGUGAUAAUGGAGGUAGACCGGUACUGGGCUACGUGAUUGAAAUGAAAGACAAGUUUACUGCUGACUGGAUAGAGGUUGGAAAACUAACAGAACCUAAGACAGAAUAUAAGGUAGAAGGGUUAAAGGAGAAAAUGAUAUAUCAGUUCCGGGUAAAAGCUUAUAAUAAGGCUGGUGUUGGUGAUGCUUCUCAACCAACCGAGAACCAUCUUUGCAAACACAGGAACUUGAAACCUCGUAUUGAACGUAGCACAUUUAAAUCUGUCAUUAUCAAGGCAGGGCGCACACACAAAUGGUCUGUGGAUGUUAUUGGUGAACCGCCACCAGAGACCACAUGGUCAUGGCGCGAGAACAUAAAGCUGGUGAACACCGAGCGCAUUAAGAUCGAGAAUAAGGAGUACCACACGGACUUUACGAUUGUGAACGCAGUGCGAAGGGACACCGGCAAAUACACUCUCCGCGCGGAGAACUGCAACGGGUUCGACGAAGAGACCGUUGAGCUCACGGUUCUCAGCAAGCCCAGCGCGCCCAAAGGACCUUUGGAGGUGACGGACGUCCACGCGGAGGGAUGCAAGGUGAAAUGGGAGAAGCCCGAGGACGACGGCGGCUCGCCGGUCAAGGAGUACGAGCUGGAGAAGAUGGACCUCGCCACCGGCAAAUGGGUCCGCGUUGGAAGGGUCGCCGGCGACAAGAAGCCGCUGGAGAUGGAGGUGACCGGCCUGGAGCCAGGGCACCAGUACAAGUUCCGCGUGACGGCCGUCAACGACGAGGGCGACUCCGAGCCCCUGGAGACCGAGAGGGCGGUGCUCGCCAAGAACCCAUACGACGUCUCCGACAAGCCCGGCAACGUGGAGGUGGCCGACCACGACAACCAGAGCGCCGAGAUCAAGUGGGAGCCCCCCAAAUCGGACGGCGGAGCCCCCAUCCAGAAGUACAUCAUACAGAAGAGGCCGAAGGGCGGCGACUGGGAGAACGCCGCGGAGGUGCCCGGCACUGCGACGUCGGGCAAAGUUGAGGGACUGCCUGAGGGCAGCGAAUACGAGUUCAGGGUGAUCGCGGUCAACAAGGCAGGCCCCUCUGAGCCGUCGGAGCCCACCAAGAUGACCACAAUCAGGCACAAGGCCCUGAAGCCGCGCAUCGACCGUACCAACCUGAAGCCGUUGGUGGUUCGCGCUGGUAAGCCGAUCUUCUUCGACGUGAACGUCAAGGGAGAACCCGCCCCCAAGGUGCAGUGGUUCCAGAAGUGGAAGACCGAGGAGAAAGAGGUGACCGAGAACGUGGUGAACGUGGAGUACAACACGAAGCUGGACGUGAAGGAGUCGGCGCGCGCGAUGAGCGGCACGUACCGCGUGGUGGCCACCAACGAGCACGGCAAGGACGAGGCGGAGGUGGAGGUGACGGUGCUCUCGUCGCCCAGCAAGCCGGGCGGGCCGCUCAAGGUCAGCGACGUCACCAAGAACGGCUGCAAAGUCGCCUGGAAGAAGCCGGAGGACGACGGAGGCAAACCGAUCACCGGCUACGUGGUGGAGAAGCUGAACAAGGCCACCGGGCGCUGGGUGCCCGUGGGCAAGACGGACGACACGGAGAUGGAGAUCAAGGGGCUGCAGGAGGGCGAGGAGUACGAGUUCAGGGUCAGGGCGGUGAACGACGAGGGCGAGUCGGAGCCGCUCAAGACCGACCACUCCAUACUCGCCAAGAACCCGUACGACAUACCCGGAAAGCCCUCGGUGCCGACCAUCGAGGACUGGGAUGUGGGCCGAGUCGACCUCAAGUGGGAGGCGCCGAAGAACAAUGGCGGCGCCCCCAUCACCGGGUACAUCGUCGAGAAGAAGGAGAAGUUCGGCCAGUGGCACGAGGCGCUUGUCACAACGACGCCCGAGUGCAAGGCGCGCGUGCCCGAGCUGCGAGAGGGCAACACGUACCAGUUCCGAGUGCGCGCCGUCAACAAGGCGGGCCCUGGCGAGCCCGGGGAGCCCACGCAGCCGCACGUCGCCAAGGCCAGAUUCCUGAAACCGCACAUCAAUCGCGACAAGAUGGUCGCGAUCCGCGUCCGCGCGGGCACCACCAUCAAGUUGGACGUCGACAUCCGGGGUGAACCGCCACCGACCAAGACCUGGACCUUCGCCAACAAGGUCAUCGAGAAUGGCGUCGGCGUGAAGCUGGAGAACGAGGACUACAACACGAAGCUGCAGAUCUUCGAGUCCUCGUGGAAGAACUCCGGCAUCUACACCCUCAAGGCCGAGAACGACUCCGGUGUGGACGAGGCCACGGUGGAGGUCACCGUGCUCGACAAGCCCGGCAAGCCGGAGGGCCCCCUCGAGGUGUCGGACGUGCACGCCGAGCACGUGAAGCUGAGCUGGAACAAGCCGAAGCACACUGGCGGGCUGCCGCUCAGCGCGUACGUCGUGGAGAAGAUGGACACGAUCACCGGCAAAUGGCAGCCGGCCGGCACCGUCGACCCGGACACCACGGAAGCUACCGUCACCGGUUUGGAGCCGGGCCGUACAUACCAGUUCCGCGUGAAGGCGCUGAACGAGGAGGGCGAGUCGGAGCCGCUGGAGACGGACCACGGCACCCUGGCCAAGAACCCGUACGACGUGCCCGCCCCGCCCGGCCUGCCCGACAUCGUCGACUGGGACGAGAAGUCGGCCAAGCUCAAGUGGGAGCCCCCCAUCAGGGACAACGGCGCCCCCAUCACCGGCUACAUCAUCGAGGUCAUGGACAGGGACAGGGGCGAGUUCGUCAAGGCUGCUGAAAUCCACGGCAACAUCUGCCAAGGAACUGUGCCGAAGCUCGAGGAGGGCAACCAGUACCAGUUCCGGGUCCGUGCCCUGAACAAGGCCGGCCAGUCGGAGCCCUCGGAGAACACAAACUGGCACACUGCCAAGCCGCGCUUCUUGAAGCCGCGCAUCGACCGCACGAACCUCAACCCGCUGACGGUGAAGGCCGGCCUGCCCGUCUCGCUGGACGUGAAGGUGUUCGGCGAGCCGCCCGCCACCGUCACGUGGCACUUCAAGGGCGACGAGCUGGCCAACGGCCCCAACCUGGAGAUCAUCAACGUGGACUACAACACCAAGUUCCUGAUGACGAAGAGCAAGCGCGCCAACUCCGGCACGUACGUGAUCAAGGCCAAGAACGAGGUCGGGGAGGACGAGGCCGAAGUGGAGAUAACGGUGCUCGGCAAACCAUCGAAACCGAAGGGUCCGCUGGAAGUGUCGGACGUCACAAAGAACGGCUGCACGCUCACCUGGGACAAACCCGAGGACGACGGUGGUACCCCAGUCGAGUACUACGAGAUCGAGAAGCUGGAUCCUCUUACUGGCACGUGGCUACCCUGUGGCACCGCCAAGGACUGCAAGGCGAACAUUACUGGUCUUCAAGAGGGCAAACCAUACAAGUUCCGAGUGAAGGCCGUCAACAAGGAGGGAGAGUCCGAGGAGUUGGAGACGGAGAAGCCGAUCAUCGCCAAGAAUCCCUUCGACGAGCCGGGCAAGCCCGGGCGGCCGGAGCCCCGCAACUGGGACAAGGACUUCGUGGAGCUGGAGUGGUCGCCGCCCAAGGACGACGGUGGCGCCCCCAUCACCGGAUACAUCGUGCAGAAGCGCGAGAAGGGCGGAAGGUCGUGGCAAGACUGCCUCAAGACCAGCGGCGAGCGCCCUACUGGUCGCGUGACCGACGUCGAGGAAGGCCACGAAUAUGAGUUCCGCGUGAUCGCGGUCAACAAGGCGGGCCCCGGCGAGCCGUCGGAGCCCAGCCGCUCGGUGGUCGCCAAGCCACGUUUCUUGGCGCCGCACAUCGACCGCAAGAACCUCCAGAAGCGCAAGAUCAAGGUGGGCCAGGCCCUCAAGAUGGAGGCGGACGUCAAGGGCGAACCGGAGCCGACCAUCACGUGGACCUUCAACGAGAAGACCCUCAAGAGCGAGGAGAGGCUGAAGAUCGAGAACAAGGACUACCACACCUCGUUCGCUCUGAUGAAGGUGACCAGAGCGGACUCCGGCAAGUACGUGGUGACCGCGAAGAACGACUCGGGAACGGACACGGUCGAGAUCGAAGUGCUGGUGGUCAGUAAACCCGCCAAGCCUAAGGGACCGUUGAAGGUGUCGGACGUGAAGGCAGACGGCUGCAAGCUGAAAUGGGAGCCGCCCGAGGACGACGGCGGCGAGCCGGUGGAGAGCUACGUGGUGGAGCGGAUGGACACGGACACUGGCCGCUGGGUGCCCGUCUGCACCGUCAAGGGGCCAGAGGCCGAGGUCACCGGCCUCAACGAGGGCAAGGACUACAUGUUCCGCGUCAAGGCGGUCAACCCCGAGGGCGAGAGCGAGCCGCUCGUCACGGAGACCGCCACCACCGCCAAGAACCCUUACGGGGAACCGGACGCACCCGGCAAGCCCGAGUUCAAGGACUGGGACAAGGAGCACGUGGACCUCAAGUGGGAGAAGCCGGCCAACGACGGUGGCGCCCCCAUCACCGCCUACAUCGUGGAGAAGAAGGACCGGGACACGGGCAAGUGGGUGAAGGCCGUAGAGGUCCCCGGAAACAAGACGGAGGCGCGUGUACCCGAUUUGAUCGAGGGCAAAACGUACCAGUUCCGCGUAAAGGCCGUGAACAAGGCCGGCCCCGGGAAAGCUUCCCAACCUACAGAGAACCUUCUCGCCAAGGAUAGAUUUGCGCCACCGAAGAUCGACCGCACCAACAUGCGCGACAUAACGAUCAAGGCGGGCCAGAUGAUCCGGCUGGACAUCAAGGUCAGCGGAGAGCCGCCACCGACCAAGACCUGGUUCCAGAACAAGGAGCGUCUGUCGACGCGCGACGACCUGUCGAUCGACACGGAGGACUACCGCGUGAAGCUGUCGGUGGUGGUUGCGUCGCGGCGCCACAGCGGCACGUACGUGCUCAAGGCGGAGAACAGCAGCGGUCGAGACGAGGCCUCGCUCCAGGUCAAGGUGCUCGACGUGCCCGCCAAGCCCGAGGGGCCCCUCAAGAUCUCGGACGUGCACAAGGAGGGGUGCACGCUCAAGUGGAGCGCGCCGCUGGACGACGGCGGCGCCCCCAUCGACCACUACCUGGUGGAGAAGCUGGACACGGAGACGGGCCGCUGGGUGCCGGCGCUCAAGAGCAAGGAGCCCAAGGCCGAGGUGGAGAACCUGGUGCCGGGCCACGAGUACAAGUUCCGCGUCUCCGCCGUCAACAACGAGGGCGUCUCCGAGCCGCUGGAGGGAGAGCACUCCGUCGUCGCCAAGAAUCCCUUCGAUGAGCCCGGUAAACCUGGCACUCCAGAGGUGGUGGAUUGGGACAAGGACCACGUGGACCUCAAGUGGCAGAAGCCGUUCAAGGACGGCGGCGCUCCCAUCACUGGCUACAUCAUCGAGAAGAGAGAAGUUGGCUCACCGAAAUGGGUGAAAGCCUGCGAGGUGGGGCCCAACGACAACGAGAAGGCGACGGUGGCGAACCUGGACGAGGGCGUGGAGUACGAGUUCCGGGUGAAGGCGGUGAACGAGGCCGGCCCCGGCGAGCCCAGCGACGCCAGCAAGGCCGUCCUCUGCAAGCCCAGGAGGCUGGCGCCGAAGAUCGACCGUCGCAACUUGCGCGCCAUCAAGGUGCGCGAGGGCGAGCCCAUCGCGCUGGACGUGAAGGUCUCCGGCGAGCCGGCGCCGGAGGUCAGCUGGACCCUCAACGGGAAGACCGUCAGCUCGGGCAAUGGCCUCAAACUGGUAAACGUGCCUUAUCUGAGCAAGUACCAGCAUUCGAGCCCCCGCCGCAAGGACUCCGGCACUUACAAGAUCCAGGCCGUCAACAAGUACGGCCAGGACACGGCCGAACUCGAGAUCACGGUCACCUCGAAACCAGACAAGCCCGAGGGUCCGCUGGAAGUGUCCGACGUGCACAAGGACGGGUGCACGCUUAAGUGGAAGAGGCCCAAGGACGACGGCGGGGAGCCCAUCGAGGCGUACCUCGUCGAGAAGUACGACACGGACACUGGCACCUGGAUGCCGGUUGGCAAGACGCUUGGCAACGUCCCCGAGAUGGAGGUUGACGGCCUGAUACCGGGACACGAGUACAAAUUCCGCGUGAAGGCGGUCAACAAGGAGGGCGAGUCGGAGCCGCUGGAGACCUUCGGCGCUAUCGUCGCUAAGGAUCCAUUCACGGUCCCAGACGCCCCGUCGGCGCCCGUGCCGGACGACUGGUCGGCCAACCACGUGGACCUCAAGUGGGAGGCCCCCAUAUCGGACGGCGGGUCACCCAUCGUUGGUUACAUCAUCGAGAAGAAGGACAAGUACAGCCCCCUGUGGGAGAAGGCUCUCGAAACGCACACACCGACACCGAGUGCUACUAUCAAUGGGCUGAUCGAGGGCAACGAGUACCAGUUCCGCGUGGUGGCCGUGAACAAGGCGGGCCAGAGCAGGCCUUCGGAUGCGAGCAAGAGCUUCGUGGCCAAGCCGCGCUUCCUCGCGCCCAAGAUCGACCGCCGCCACCUGCGUGACGUCACGCUCUCGGCCGGCUCCACGCUCAAGCUGGAGGCGGCCAUCACCGGGGAGCCCGCGCCGGUGGUGGAGUGGAGGUUCCAGAACAUGCCGCUGCGCCCCUCGAAGGCGGUGAGCAUCGACUCGCCGGAGUACUUCACCAAGCUGGCGGUGCGGCCUGUGCGGCGCGACGACAGCGGCGAGUACACCGUGACGGCCACCAACAGCAGCGGCAAGGACGCCGUCACCGUCACCGUGCUGGUCACCGACAAGCCCGCCAAGCCCGAGGGGCCGCUGCAGAUCUCGGACGUGCACAAAGAGGGCGCCACGCUGAAGUGGAAGAGGCCGAAGGACGACGGCGGCGCCCCCAUCGAGUACUACCAGGUGGACAAGCUGGACACGGAGACCGGCUGCUGGGUGCCCUGCGCGCGCUCGGAGGAGCCCAAAUGCGAGGUCACUGGUCUGACGCCGGGCAAGGAGUACAAGUUCCGCGUGUCGGCCGUCAACUCGGAGGGCGAAUCGGAACCACUGGUUUCGGAGACCAGCAUCGUCGCCAAGAAUCCAUUCGACGAGCCUGGCGCGCCCGGAACACCUUCGGUCACCGACUGGGACAAGGACCACGUGGACCUCAAGUGGACCCCGCCCACAAAGAGGACGGCGCUCGAAGUACCCGCCGAUAAGACCACGGCCACCGUGCCCGAUCUUGUCGAGGGUCAGACCUACGAAUUCAGGGUGAGGGCCGUGAACAAGGCUGGUCCGGGAGAGCCCAGUGACAGCACACACCCGAUCGUGGCCAAGCCCAGGAACACGGCGCCGAAGAUCGACAGGACCAACCUCAUCGACAUCAAGAUCAAAGUGGGACAGAAGUUUGGAUUCGAUGUCAAGGUCUCCGGCGAGCCGAUGCCCGAGACGAAGUGGUACCUGGCCAAGAAGGAGGUUAAGUCGUACGGCGACAUGAAGGUGCAGCACUCGGACUACAACACGAAGCUGAACUGCAAGUCCGCCACCAGGGCCGACAGCGGCCGGUACACCGUCACCGCCGAGAACGCCAACGGCAAGGACGUGGCCGAGGUGGAGGUCAUCGUGCUCAGCGUGCCCAGCCCGCCGGGAGGGCCGCUUAAGGUCUCGGACGUGCACGCGAACGGCGCCAAGCUGUCGUGGAACCCGCCCGCCGACGACGGCGGCCAGCCCGUGGAGAAGUACGUGGUGGAGCGCAUGGACGAGGCCACCGGCCGAUGGGUGCAGGCCGGAGAGACCCUCGGCCCCGAGACCAGCCUCGCGGUGGACGGCCUGCAGCCCGGACACAAGUACAAGUUCCGCGUCAGGGCGGUCAACAGACAAGGCAAAUCGGAGCCUCUCACGACCCCACACGCCACGGAGGCGAAGAAUCCGUUCGACGUGGCCGGCAAACCUGGCACGCCCAAGAUCAAGGACUUCGACAAGGACUUUGUGGAGCUCGAAUGGACCCGCCCGGAGACGGACGGCGGAGCGCCCAUCACCGGCUACGUCAUCGAGAAGAAGGAUCGCUUCUCACCCGAUUGGGAGGAGUGCGCACAUAUUGAAGGCGAUGUCACAACUGGUAAAGUACCGGACCUCAUUGAGGGUAACACGUACGAGUUCCGCGUGCGCGCUGUCAACAAAGCCGGCAAGGGCGAGCCGAGCGACGGAACAGCGCCUCAUCUCGCCAGGCCCAAGAACUUGCCACCCAAGAUCGACAGGAACUACAUGUUCGAUAUCAAGAUCAAGGUCGGCCAGAACUUCGAUCUCGAAGUGCCCGUUGCCGGAGAACCGACGCCCACCAAGGAAUGGUUGCAUGGCGACAAUGUGGUUCUCAACACCGACAGAAUCAAGAUCGUUAACGACGCCCACAGCACCAAGUUCCGCGUGAUCGACGCGAAGAGAGCAGACUCUGGCACUUACACACUCAAGGCGAAGAACAUCAACGGCACCGAUUCCGCAACGGUGAAGGUGCUAGUGAUGGACGUGCCUCUGCCUCCCGAAGGACCACUUCGCGUUGACGACAUUACGAAAUCUGGUUGUUCAUUGCGCUGGCGACCACCCAAGGACGACGGUGGCUGCGAGAUUAGCCACUAUGUUGUCGAAAAAAUGGAUCAGGAGAAUCUACGCUGGGUGCCGGCGGGAGAAGUACAAGGAUGCCACAUUCGCAUCGACCAUCUCAUAGAGGGACACGAUUACAAUUUCCGUGUUCGCGCCGUCAACAAGCAAGGCGAGUCGCAGCCCCUCGUCGGCCAAGAACCAGUCACGGCCAAGGACCCGUACGGGACACCGGACAAACCGGGAACUCCGGUCGUCAAAGACUGGGACAAAGACCACAUGGACUUGGAAUGGGUGCCGCCGAAGAAGGACGGCGGCGCUCCGAUCACAGGAUACAUUAUCGAGGCCAAGAAGAAGUACGGACCUUGGGAGGUCGCCGCUACUGUCCCCGGGAACCAGACAACAGCAACUGUCCCAGGCUUACAAGAAGGAGAGGAGUAUGAGUUCAGGGUCAUUGCCGUCAAUAAAGCAGGCAACGGAGAACCGAGCGAUGCGUCCACUCCCCAAGUGGCUAAGGCUAGAUUCUGUGCGCCACAGUUCGAUAAGAUGCUGUUGGCCGACAAGACUGUUAAGGCUGGACAACGCAUACAGUAUGAGAUACCGAUAGAAGCGUCACCGAAACCGACUGUUGAAUGGCAGAUUAACGGAAAAGUUGUACAACCGUCAGACAGGAUUGACAUUCAAGUAUUGCACAACAGGGUCAUAUUAGACAUUCCAUUCUCCGUCCGCUCAGACGGAGGAGUUUACAAGUUGACCUUGAAGAACGACCUCGGAGUUUGCUCCGCUUCAGCGCAAGUGACCGUAUUGGACAAGCCGUCCAGGCCAGAGAAGCCCCUCGUCGUCUCCGACGUUACGAAGGAAUCUUGCUCUCUGUCAUGGAAGGUGCCGCUUGACGAUGGUGGAUCACCGAUCCUGCAUUAUGUGAUCGAGAAGAUGGACUUAUCGCGUGGCACUUGGUCGGACGCGGGAAUGAGCACGUUCCUUUCGCACCAGGUGACUAGGCUUAUUCACAUGAAGGAAUACCUGUUCAGAGUGAGCGCGGUGAACGCCAUUGGGCAAUCUGAACCGUUGGAGCUCGACCGCGCUAUCGUCGCCAAGAACGAGUUCGACGAGCCUUCCGCUCCUGGAAAACCUGUUGCGACCGAUUGGAGCAAGAGCCACGUCGAUUUGGAAUGGGCCGCGCCGAAAUCCGACGGGGGUGCCCCCAUCACCGGAUACAUUGUCCAAAAGAAAGAGAAGGGCAGCCCGUACUGGGUGAACGCCGUGCACGUACCACCUAAGCAGACGAAGGCCACUGUGCCCGAUUUAAUUGAAGGCCAGGACUAUGAAUUCAGGGUGAUUGCGGUCAACCAAGCCGGCCAAUCCGAACCCAGCGAGCCUUCCGACAUUAUUACGGCUAAGGACAGAUUUGUUGCACCAAAGAUUCUCACUCCGCUCAAGGAAGUCCGCAUUAAGGCCGGACUCAUUUUCCACGUGGACGUCGACUUCAUCGGAGAGCCUAUUCCCGAGGUUAAAUGGACCUGCGACGGAAAGAGCGUCGUCACUAACGAAAGGACGACGGUGACAUCUGUGGGACAUCACACGAUCGUACACACCGUGAACUGCAAGCGUUCUGAUGCUGGCAAAUACAACUUGUCUUUGAAGAACGACUCCGGAUCCGACGAAGGUAGCUUCGAACUGAUUGUGCUGGAUGUACCCGGGGCGCCUCAACCGCCGUUCGAGUACGAAGAAAUCACUGCCCAAUCCGUUACCUUAUCGUGGAAACCGCCUAAAGACAAUGGUGGCAGUGAAUUGACGGCCUACGUUAUUGAAAAGCGCGACUUGACACACGGCGGUGGUUGGGUGCCGGCUGUCACUUACGUCAAUCCUAAAUACACGCAUGCAACAGUACCACGUCUUUCCGAGGGUACAAAGUAUGAAUUCAGAGUGUUUGCAGAGAACUUGCAAGGCCGUUCCGAGCCUCUUGUAACGGACAAACCAGUAGUUGCCAAAAAUCAAUACACCGUACCUGGCAAACCUGGCAAGCCAGAGCUCGUUUCUGCGGAUAAGGACCAUAUCAAGGUCAAAUGGUCCUCGCCAAUCUCGAACGGUGGCUCCAACAUUCUGGGAUACGACGUGGAGAGAAGGGACAAGGCUACUGGCAGGUGGAUCAAACUAAACAAAGAUCCCAUCAGAUUUAACGAAUAUGACGAUGACAGGGUACAAGAGGGACACCAAUACGAGUACCGAGUAUCAGCUGUGAACGCAGCUGGACCCGGUCAGCCUUCUGACCCAUCAAACGUCAUUAUUGCUAAACCAAUGAAGGAGAAACCAAAACUUUCAUUGGAUCAUCUCAUCGGCCGCAAGAUCAAGGUCCGUGCUGGCGAACCGAUUAACGUUAACAUUCCAAUCGCCGGUGCACCAACGCCAAAGGUCACCUGGACUAAGGGUGCCGUUACACUUGCGCCCUCUCACAGGAUAUCUACAGAAACAAGCCCAGAUGAGACUAAGCUCAGUAUCGAGAAGUCUACUAGGGACGAUGCCGGCAAAUACACCAUCACAGCUACUAACGAAUACGGAAAGGACUCCGCUGACAUCGAGGUCAUUGUUGUGGACAAACCAGGCAUUCCAAAGGGACCACUUUCAUGCACGCCUGUCACACACGAAACUAUGAGUUUGACUUGGUUGCCGCCGGCAGAUGAUGGCGGAAGCGAAAUUACCGGCUACGUAGUCGAAGUUGCCGAAUUCGGAGUCAACGAUUGGCGCACAGUCGCCGGCUUCUGUCCGAAGUGCUCGUUCACUGUCAAGAACUUGACCGAGGGCAAGAAGUACGUAUUUAGGGUACGCGCCGAAAACCUGUACGGACUCUCAGAACCGCUCGAAAGCAAACCGAUAAUCGCGAAGUUGCCGUUCGAUCCACCAGACGCGCCGGAAACGCCUAAGAUCACCGGCUACAGCGCUAACAGCUGCUCCCUCGAAUGGCAGCCACCGGCGAACACUGGUGGUAGACCUAUCACUGGCUACAACAUCGAGAAGAGGGAACGCGGCGGCGAUUGGGUAAAGGUGAACAACUAUCCCACGCCGAACACGUGUUACACCGUUCAAGACCUGCGCGAGGGUAACCGCUACGAGUUCCGCGUCAUCGCCGUCAACGAAGCCGGCCCGGGCAAACCGAGCAAGCCCACUGAGCCCAUUACCGCCCAAACACAGAGACUCAAGCCCAGUGCUCCCGAGGCACCAAAGCCGGAUAGAGUCACUAAAGAUUCUGUCACUCUUUCGUGGAGACCGCCGAAGAGCGACGGCGGAGCCAAGAUCAAGGGCUACAUCAUUCAACAGAAGGCCAAGGGCGAUAAAGACUGGAAGGACGUCAAUGAUGUACCGAUUCCAAGUCUUGUUCAUACCGUGCCAAAACUUAAGGAGGGCGAAGAAUAUCAGUUCAGGGUUAUUGCCGUCAAUGAAGUCGGCAACUCGGAACCAAGCAAACCGACCUCCGACAUCACUAUUGCUGAACAACCGAACAAGCCGUGCAUGGAUCUCGGCGGUGUUCGCGAUAUUACGGUGCGUGCAGGCGAGGACUUCUCCAUUCACGUACCGUACACUGGCUUCCCGCAACCGACCGCUUCUUGGUUCGCCGACGACAAUCUUCUCGACGUCGAGGGCGAUUCCAGAAUAUUCCAGAAGAUCACACCCGACUCCGCGUCGCUCGUUGUCAAGAACGCGAAGAGGUCGGACGGCGGCCAGUACAGGCUGCAGCUGCGCAACCCGUCCGGAUACGACACGGCGACGAUCAACGUGCGCGUGCUGGACAGGCCCGGCAAGCCGGAGAACCUGCGCGCCGACGAGUUCGAGGGCGAAGCUCUCACGCUGUACUGGAACCCGCCCAAGGACAACGGCGGCGGAGAGAUCACCAACUACGUGGUGGAGAAGCGCGAGGCGCGCUCGCCGACCUGGACCAAGGUGUCCGGCUACGUCACGACGCCGUUCCUGCGCGUGAAGAACCUCACCGUCGGCAGGGACUACGAGUUCAGGGUGAUGGCGGAGAACCAGUACGGCCAAUCGGAGCCCGCGCAGACGACGGAGCCGAUCAAGGCGCGCCACCCGUUCGACCCGCCAGGGGCGCCCGGCGCCCCUCGCUCCGUCGAGACCACGGAGUCCUCCAUCACCGUCACGUGGAGCAAGCCGCGCCACGACGGUGGCUCGCCCAUCACCGGCUACAUACUGGAGAAGAGGCUCAUCACCGAGGACAAGUGGACGAAGGCGGCGCACGCCCACAUCCCCGACACCACGUACAAGGUGACCGGGCUGAUCGAGAACCACGAGUACGAGUUCCGCGUGUCGGCGGUGAACGCGGCCGGCCAGGGGCCCUGGUCCCAGAGCUCGGACGCCAUCCGCGCCUGCGCCCCGCCCAACUGCCCCCGCAUCACCAGCGACCUCAGCCUGCGAGACAUCGUCGUCAUCGCCGGCGAGGAGAUCAAGAUCACCGUGCCCUUCACCGGCAACCCCAGACCCAAGGUGUCGUGGGUGGUGAACAACGACGAGGUGUUCCCGGACCACCGCAUCCGCUUCGUGAUGUCAGACCGGGACACGGUGUUCCACAACUCCAGCGCCAAGCGCUCCGACACCGGCUCCUACACGGUACAGCUGGUCAACAGCGAGGGCUCCGACAGCGGCACCUGCCGGGUUCUAGUAGUGGACAAGCCGUCCCCACCUGUGGGCCCGCUGGACUGCUACGACAUCACACCGGACACGUGCACGUUGUCAUGGAAACCGCCGCUGGACGACGGCGGAUCGCCCAUCACCAACUACAUCGUCGAGAAGAUGGACGCCACAGGCGUGUGGUCAAAGAUAUCGUCUUUCGUCCGCAACUGCCACUACAACGUAAUGGGCCUGGAACCGAACCGCAAAUACACGUUCCGCGUGCGCGCCGAAAACCAAUAUGGCGUCUCCGAGCCGCUCACAAUGGACGACUCCAUUACUGCGAAGUACCCGUUCACGGUGCCCGACGCGCCGGGGACGCCGCGCGUGCUCGACUGGGACGGCUCCACCGCCAACGUGACCUGGGACCGGCCCCGCUCCGACGGCGGCGCCAGGAUCCAGGGCUACAAGGUGGAGUUCCGCGACGUGCAGGACGCCGUCUGGUCCAGCGCCGACUACCUGGUCAAGGAUUGCAACUACCAGGCGUACAACCUGGAGCCGGGCCACGAGUACGAGUUCCGCGUGCGCGCGAAGAACGCGGCCGGCCUCGGCAAGCACUCUGCGAGCUCCGCGCCGUUCCGCGUGCGCGCGCGCGCCUCGCCGCCCUCCCCGCCGCAGGGCGCGCGCGUGCUGCGCGUCGGCCGCAACUACGUCGACCUCGCGUGGCAGCCGCCCGCCUCCGACGGCGGCGCCCGCGUGACCGGCUACAUAAUCGAGCGCCGCGAAGUGAGCAGCUCCGUCUGGCUCAAGUGCAACGACUACAACGUGCAGGACACGAGCUUCACGGUGCUCAACCUCCACGAGAGGUGCGACUACGAGUUCCGCAUUAUCGCCGUCAACUCGGCCGGCAAGUCGGAGCCGUCGAGCUGCACCACGCCCGUGCGCACCGGCGAGGAGGCGGGCGGCGUGAAGCCGGAGUGGCUGAGGCCGCUCCCGGCGCACAUGACCGCCCCCCUGGGCAGGCCGUUCACGCUGCAGUGCCAGGCCAGCGGCACGCCCGUGCCCACCGGCCGCUGGCUGCGGAACGGCCGCGAGAUCGUGCUCGGCACAAAGUACAUAGCCGAAUCUCGCGAGGGCACGUUGAAACUGAACAUUCUGGAGGUUGCCGACGGGGACGAGGGUGACUACACUUGCGAGGCCAUUAACAGCCUCGGCUUCAUCUACUGCAUUGGACACCUGAAGAUUGGAAACCCGCCGCGCAUCACGCGCAUGCCGGGCGACCUGCACCUGCCCGAGCACGAGAACACCAAGAUCAAGAUCCUGUACUCGGGCGACCAGCCGGCCGACGUGACGCUGUCACGCGACGGCCGCCAGCUGAGCGACACGCCGCACCUCAAGUUCACCGUCUUCGACGACUACGUGCUCAUCUUCAUCAAGGACAUCACCAAGGAGGACAUGGGCACGUACAAGCUGACGAUCAAGAACGCCUCGGGCGAGGCGUCGGACACGUUCUCCGUGACGGUGACGGGGCUGCCGGGGCCGCCGCAGGGUCCGCUCGAGGCGGGCGACGUGACGCGGCACACGUGCUCGCUGGCGUGGCGCCCGCCCGCGCACGACGGCGGCCUGCCCGUCACGCACUACGCGGUGGAGCGUGCCGACGCGGCACGCGAGGCGUGGAUAACGAUCGCCUCGUGCGUGCGCGACCUGCGCUACACGGUGCACGGGCUGGCGGAGGGACAGGAGUACCGGUUCAGGGUGCGCGCCGCGAACGAGAACGGGUUAGGGCCCGGCCUCGAGGGCGCCAACCCCGUCAAGGCCAAGGCACCGUUCGAUCCCCCAUCGGCGCCUGGCAUUCCCAAAAUCCUGGAAGUUGGCGGUCACUUCGUCCAUCUCGAAUGGGACAAACCCGAGAGCGACGGUGGCGCCAGAAUACAAGGCUACUGGGUGGACAAGCGCGAAGUGGGCUCGAGCAGCUGGCAGCGCGUGAACGCGUCGCUGUGCCUGCCCACGCAGCUGAACUGCGCCAACCUGGUGGAGGGGCGCCAGUACGAGUUCCGCGUCACGGCGCAGAACGAGGCCGGCCCCUCGCCGCCCAGCACCGCCUCGCAGCAGGUCAAGGUCGUCGACCCCAAGGCGGCCACGCCACCGGAGAUCGUGAAGCCCCUGAAGAACGCCAAUUGCAUACAGAACCACAACGCUAAGUUCCAGUGCACAAUCACUGGAUCGCCCAAACCGACGAUCACGUGGUACAAGGGCGCCCGGGAAAUAACCAACGGGCCGCGCCACCGCAUCUGGAGCGAGGGCGACAACCACUUCCUCACCGUGAUGGACGUGUUCGGCGAGGACGCCGACGAGUACGUGUGCCGCGCCGUCAACCGCGCCGGCGUCAAGAGCACGCGCGCCGAGCUGCUCAUCAUGACCGCACCGAAACUGAACGUGCCACCUCGCUUCCGCGACACCGCUUACUUCGACAAGGGCGAGAACGUGGUCAUCAAGAUCCCCUUCACCGGUCACCCGGUGCCCAAGAUCACGUGGGUGCGAGAGGGAGAGACGAUCGAGUCCGGACUGCACUACCACGUUGAGAGGAAAGAACGCCACGCGAUCUUAACGAUCCGGGACGCCAGCAAGAUGGACUCCGGUCCGUACAGGAUCACCGCCGAGAACGAGCUGGGACAGGACUCGGCAGUCAUCAACAUUGAAAUCAGCGACCGGCCGGACCCGCCGCGCUUCCCAGCGGUGGACAGCAUCGGCGUGGACUCUCUGGCGGUGAGCUGGCGCGCCCCGCUCUGGGACGGCGGCUCCGACAUCACCAGCUACCUGGUGGAGAAGCGGGAGCACCCCAUGACCAGCUGGAUCCGCGUCGGCACCACCAGGUUCACGACGAUGGCGGUGACCGGCCUGGCGGCAGGCAAGCAGUACGAGUUCCGCGUGUACGCGGAGAACAUCUACGGCCGCUCGGAUCCCAGCGAGCCCACCACCAUGGUUCAGACCAAGGCCAUCAUCAAGAAGGAGUUCAAGAAGAAGGAGUAUCCAGUGGACGAGAGCGGAAAGCGAAUCCGCACCAACGCGGACCACGGGCCGGUGAAGGACUACGACAGCUACGUGUUCGACGUCUACAGCAAGUACGUGCCGCAGCCGGUCGACAUCAGCACGUGCUCAGUCUACGACAAGUACGACAUACUCGAGGAGAUUGGCACAGGCGCGUUCGGCGUGGUGCACCGCUGCCGCGAGAGGAGCACGGGCAACUUCUUCGCCGCGAAGUUCAUACCGGUCUCCGGCGCUAUGGAGAAGGAGCUGAUCAAGAAGGAGAUCGACAUCAUGAACCAGCUCCACCACAGGAAGCUGAUCAAUCUUCACGACGCGUUCGAGGACGACGACGAGAUGGUGCUGAUAUUCGAGUUCCUCUCCGGCGGCGAGCUGUUCGAGCGCAUCACCGAGCCCGGCUACAGCAUGAGCGAGUCCGAGGCGGCCCACUACAUGCGCCAGAUCUGCGAGGGAGUGCGCCACAUGCACGAGCAGAACAUCAUCCACCUGGACCUCAAGCCGGAGAACGUGAUGUGCCAGACGCGCACCGGCACCGACGUCAAGAUCAUCGACUUCGGCCUAGCCACCAAGCUGGAUCCGAACGAGGUGGUGAAGAUCUCUACUGGCACCGCCGAGUUCGCCGCGCCCGAGAUCGUCGAGAGGGAACCGGUCGGCUUCUACACGGACAUGUGGGCGGUGGGCGUGCUCGCUUACGUGCUUCUCUCCGGUCUUUCGCCGUUCGCGGGCAACAACGACAUCGAGACGCUGAAGAACGUGAAGGCCUGCGACUGGGAGUUCGACGAGGAGGCCUUCCAGCACGUCUCCGACGACGCCAAGGACUUCAUCAGACGGCUGCUCGUCAAGAGCAAGGAGAAGCGCAUGACGGCGCACGAGUGCCUGGCGCACCGCUGGCUGGCCGGCGACGGCGCCGCGGCGCGCACCACGCCCGUGCCCGCGCACCGCCUGCAGCUCAUGCGCGACCGCCUGCGCGCGCGCUACGAGAACUGGUCGUCGUUUGUCCUGCCGAUCGGCAGGCUGAGCGAGUACAGCUCGCUGCGCAAGUUGCUCAUCGAGAAGUGGAAGAUCUACGAUGGACAGUUCGACCGCCGCCAGGCGGCGCCCCGGUUCGUGAUCAAGCCGCAGUCGGCGUUCUGCUACGAGGGCCAGUCGGUGAAGCUGUACUGCCGCAUCGUGGCCUGCGCCGCGCCCACCGUCACCUGGUCCCGGAACAACCGCGAGCUGCGCCAGUCCGUCAAGUUCAUGAAGAGGUACUCUGGCAACGACUACUACUUCAUCAUCAACCGCACCAAGCUGGAAGACCGCGGCGAGUACAUCAUCAGAGCGGAGAACCACUACGGAUUCCGCGAGGAGGUGGUCUUCCUCAACGUGCAACCGGUGCCGCGCGUGCAACGGCCGCCGCCGGCAGAGGCGCCUCGCCGCCGCGAGCCGCUGCCCUACACGUUCUGGCAGGAGUCGAGCGAGACUGCACCGGUGUUCACCUUCCAGCUGCGGCCGCGUGUCAUGCAGGCCAGGGACACGUGCAAGCUGCUCUGCUGCCUGAGCGGCAAGCCCACGCCCACUGUCAAGUGGUACAAGGAUAAGAGGGAACUCUCCAAAUACGACUACACUAUGACCCACUCCGACGGCGUGGUGACCAUGGAGAUCAUCGACUGCCGUCCGGAGGACAGCGGCAAGUACACGUGCGUGGCCACCAACGUACACGGCACCGACGAGACCUCGUGCGUCGUCAUCGUCGAAGGCGAGGUGAUCAGCCCUGAGCAGGCGCAACUUGCCCACAACUUCCUGCACUCGGGCGACAGGCGCUACAUCGAGAAGCCGCUGAAACCGGCACCACCUCCCAUCAUCACCAAGACCAAGGUGACAAUCGACCCGCCCAGCAAGAGCCAAGCACCGAGACCGAAAUACUCGCCACAGAGCUCCAUGGAGCCCAGCAAGAAGAAGUACGGAUCCAAGCUGGACUCUGAUUCAACGUCCAGGUCGCGAAGCGCUACUAAGGAAUUAGUCUUGCCCGCGUCCGACUCUACGAUGCGCGCGCCCUCGUUCGCGCGCGCGCUGCCCGACGCGCUGAGCGCGCGCGACGCGGCGCCGCUGCUGCUCUCGUGCAGCGUGAGGGGCGACCCCGACCCCCGCGUCGAGUGGUACAAGGACGGCAAGCCGCUGCACUCCUCAGAGGUUGUGAACCUGAAGUACAAGAACGGCGUGGCCUCUUUGGCCAUCAACGAGGUGUUCCCCGAAGACGAGGGCGUCUACUCGCUGAAAGCGAUCAACAGCCAGGGCGAGGUGGAGACCAAGUGCAAAGUCACCGUCAAGCCGGCCGAGAGCGCGCCAUCUGGCGGCGCUGCCAAGAUCGGGGACAAACCGCCGAGGAUCGUGGAUCACGCCGUCUCGCAGCACGUCAAUGACGGUGACGCCAUCACGUUGUCAUGCAGAAUUGUUGGUGCGGAGAGGUUCGACGUAGUGUGGCUCCACAACUACAAGGAGAUCAAACCUUCCAAGGACUUCCAGUACUCGAGCGAGGCGAACAUUCACAAGCUGCACAUCGCCGAGAUAUUCCCAGAGGAUGCUGGCGUGUACACGUGCGAGGCGUUCAACGACGCCGGCGAGUCGUUCUCGUCGUGCACGCUGGUCGUGUCCGUGGCCGGCGAGAGCCCCUCGACGCCCCAGUACACCGUCUUCCCCGCCUCCACCACCGUCGCCACUUCGGAGCCGGCGGUCUUCACCGCUGAACUGGAGAAGCCACCACUCCAGCUUCAAUGGCUGAAGGACGGCAAGCCGAUCGACGAGAGCUCGCCCAGAUAUAACUUCACAAUGGAGGGCAACUCGUACCGCCUCGAAAUCACCCAGUGCAAUUCCGAGGACAGCGGCCAGUACCAGGCGCGCGCUGUCGGCCAAAAGGGCGACUCCCUGGCAGCCUUCUACCUGAACGUGGUCGAUAAC